AGAAAUGGCUGGUGUGAUAUGGAGCUCCACUCAUCAGUUCCUCAUGCCCACAAUCAAAGUUUCUCGCAAGAGGAUUCGAGUGAAGGCUCGUAGCAUCGCAGCAAAGUCUCAGCCAGCCGUGGUUGUUUUGGACAUUGAAGGAACCACCACUCCAAUCUCGUUCGUUUCGGACGUUUUGUUUCCUUACGCUUAUAACAAUGUCCACAAGCAUUUGGUCUCGACAUUUGACAGCCCAGAGACCCAGCGCGAUAUCCAGCUUCUCCGAGACCAGGUAAUGCAGGACUUGGCCGAGCAAGGUAGCUCUCCAGGAGCAACCCCGAUUCCUCCAGAAAACGUUUCAUCCAAGGAGGAUGUUAUCGACGCCGUCGUAGCAAAUGUCAAGUGUAUGAUCGAUGCUGAUCGCAAAGUUCCCGCAUUGAAGGAGUUACAGGGUCAUAUUUGGAGAACAGGUUUUACCACUGGUGAACUCAAAGGACAAGUUUUCGAUGAUGUUCCUCUCGCUCUAGAACAAUGGCAACAGUCAGGAACAAAGACUUACAUCUACUCAAGCGGGAGCCGUGAAGCACAAAGGAUGAUAUUUGCGAGCACCCAGCAUGGUGAUUUGCGACGGUUUUUAUGUGGUUUUUUCGACACAAGCAUUGGGCACAAACGGGAUCCACAGAGUUACAAAGAGAUCUUCCAGUUUGUAGGUGUGGAUGAUCCAUCGCUUGUCACUUUUGCAACGGAUGUCCUUGAGGAAGCACAGGCUGCGAAAGAAGCUGGGCUCCAAGCUGUGAUCUUGCUGCGACCUGGUAACAAGCCAUUACCCGCGGAUCACACAGAUUUUAGGACAAUAAGCUCUCUGGCGAGCUUGUAGCUUUCGAAAGAUGGUAAAAGAAAGAUAUCUUACUUGAA